UUUUUUAGCACACUUUCCCCUACAAAUAUCCAAUCCCCUACACCGCUAACGAAUUAAACAACACUCUGUUUUUUUUCUCUUCUCUUGCAAGAAAUAUCAACAACAAUGGAUUCUGAAUACAACAACAACUCCUCUUCCUACGGCGGUCAUGGUCAGCAGGGACACCAACAAAACCAACAUCACUCAAACUCCGAGCUGCUCUCCUCUGCCAAGGUUCUGUCCGAUGCCGUUCUCCACCGUGAACCUGGAGCCAACAUGGACAGGGGCAAGGUUGCUGAUGCCGCCGCCGAUAUUCUAGACGCUGCUGGUCAGUACGGGAAGCUAGACGAGUCCAAGGGCAUCGGCAAGUAUGCUGACAUGGCAGCUGAUUAUCUCCACCAGUUUGAAAACUCCGCCGGAAACACUGGUCAUUCCGGCGGUGGUUCACAUGGGAAUGACCACCGUCAUUCUGAUAAUGAACAUGGGGGUAGGCGUUCUGAGACCACCGGUCAUGGACUCUCUGGCGGUGGUUAUGAUGAUGAUAACCGUUCUGGCGGCCGUACCGGCGGUGGUUACGGCGAUGGAGGACAUUCUGCUGGCGGCUAUGGGGAUCAUGGGGGUCGAUCUGGCGGUGGUGGUGGUGGGUAUGGUGACGGAGGCCUUUCCAGCGGUAGUGGUGGCUAUGGGGAUGGAGGGCGUUCUGGUGUUGGGUACGGCGAUGGAGGCCUUUCCGGCGGCCAUGGAGGGCGUUCUGGUGGUGGUGGUUACGAUGAUGGAGGGCGUUCCGGUGGUGCUGGAUACGGUGACGGAGGCCUUUCCGGCGGUGGUUAUGGCGAUGGAGGACGUUCUGGUGAUGGUUACGGUGAUGGUCGUUCUGGCGGUAGGCAUGGUGGUGAUGGAGGGCGUUCCGGUGGAUAUGGGGAUCAUGAACGUUCUGGUGGCGGAGGAUAUGGGAAUGAGCGUGGUGAGGAUCGUUCCGGUGGUCGCUCCGGUGGUGGAUACGGUUAUGGUGAUUAGACUGAGGGAUGGAGAUCUUCUAUGCCCAAAUAAUACACCACUGAGAUGGCUCAAUGGUUGUCCGGUGAAACCUUGUGUAGCAUAAUCUGAAUAAUAUUUCACCAAUUAUAUAUAUUGUAUUUCAAUGUUAGUGUAUCUGUGUAUGUAUCAUCACUAUGUUCUACUUUUUAUGUGUUUUUGAGUUUUGGUUGUAAAGACUCCUAAUUUUGUUGUGUAUGAGUUAUAUAGUUUUGUAUUUUUGUUUGUAAAAGAGAGUUCUUCUACUGCUAUAGUGCUAUCCAGUUACUUCAUAUGUAGCAAUGUAUAUUCUUCUACAAUGACAGUACUUAUAUGUAUUCUACCUUGGACUCAAAUAAAACUACAUGAUAAUCUUCUUA